AUGGGUCGGUCGGCAGGCAGUAUGACGUCACAGGCCGAACCCGCCGACUCGAGCGGGAAAGCCGACAGCAGCCGCCAGGGACGGGCGGAAGAAAGCCGACAGUCAAUCAAUGCCAGACGGCGCCGCAGCUCGUCACGGGCGCCGAUGGGGCCAUGGGGCCUGGCUGGGCAGCUCGUUGCCGCAUCCGGGUCGCCACUGGCUGCUGUCUGCGCGGGGUGGCUGCCGAUCGCUGUUUCGCCGGCGCCGAUCCUGAUUUUGCGGGCGCCAGCAAAUUUCCUCGGGCAUCCGGGCCGCGUCUCCACCCUGCGCUCCCACACGCUCCUUCCGUCACACGCCGCGCCUUCUGCGCGCGAUCGGGCCAAUGGCCGAGCCACAGCGCCGCAGAUCGUUCCACUCCGUCUCUAUCCAUCUGUGGCUCCCCUCAUCUCAGCUCUUGUCUGGUCCGCUGGGCCACCGAGCCACAGCUGCGCCGCCACCAACGGGCGAUUUGUGGCUUGUGAUCAAUCGCUCGCUCAAGCCAUACCGCGGACUGUGGCUGCCUCUUCGAUCGGCGAGCACUUUGCCGAAAGCGCCUCAACCCACGGACCUCAUCACCGUCUAGGCCCCAUGAAAACGUUGAGGAGGAGCCACGGCGAUCCCGACACCCCCCUCCUCGCAUCCGCAGGACACAUUGCCCGAUGUGGCAAUCCUCGACCGCCAUCUGGUUGUUCCAUUGGCGGCGCCUUGCCCACCCGGGGGCGUGUCCCUCCUCCGUCGCAUUUCCAUCCAUCCUGUGCUCAGUUAGGGUCACGUCCCGUUUUGCCCGCUGUGGCUGGACCUCCAAAGGGCGUACCCGUCCGUGGCGAAAUCGGUCCGUUGCCGUGUGGCGAAGUUCGUCGAGGCCGCCCGUGGUUGUCGUCAGCCACUGCUGCACGAGGGGAGGUUAAUAUCCCUUCCUCCGCGGACUGGAGUCUUGCCAGCAGCUUUGCAGCCACCACAUGGGCAUGCCGAGCUUCAGCCGGUGAUGUGGCUUCACACCCACACCCCACCCAGUCUGAAGAUCUUCGCCUCUGCCGUUCUAGACUCCAGGAGACAAGCGCACUGAGGAUUCUCCGUCUCCAGCUGACCCGCUGGGGAUUCGCGGCCCUCCUUCCCCUCAAGUGCAUCUUGCCCUUGCCCGGCUGA